AUGUCCACCACCACCGCGCCCACCCUCCCCAGCACCCAAAAAGCCCUAAUCUUCAACACGCAAACCAACGCCCUAUCCCUCACCUCCACCGCGCCCGUCCCGUCCCCCUCCGCAGACGAACACAUAAUAAAAGUCCACUCCACAGCCAUCACCAACGGCGAGCUCACCUGGGCGCCCUUCGUCAACUGGCCCACGCACCACACCCCCUGCUACGACGUCAGCGGCACCAUCCUCACCCCGCUCCCCAACUCGCCCUUCUCCCCCGGCGACGCGAUCUACGGCCGCAUCGAGGCCAGCCGCGAAGGCACCGCGCGCCAGUACGCCACCAUCCAGCCCAGCGAAGCCGCGCGCGUGCCCACAGGGCUCGGCAUGCGCGACGCGGCCGUCGUGCCCAUGAGCGCGCUGACGGCGUGGCAGGCGCUGUUCGAGCACGGGCUGCUGACGGGGAAGUACACGCCCGACGCGGUCCCGCACGUCGACGCCGCUGGGAAAGUGGUCGGCGGCCAGGCAAGCGGGAAGAGGGUGCUGGUCCUCGGCGCGGCGGGGGGCGUGGGCAUGAUGGCGGUGCAGUUCGCAAGGCUGGCGGGGGCGUGGACGGCGGGGACGGCGAGCGGGAGGAACGAGGCGUUCCUCAAGGGGUUGAGCAUGGGGCCGGAUGAGGUUGUUGAUUACACGCAGAUUUCGAUGCGGGAGUGGGUCGCUGGCCACGGGGGAGAGGAGGGGAAGUUUGAUCUUGUGUUUGAUUGCGUGGGGGGCAAGGCGAUGCGGGAUGGGUGGAGUGCGGUGCGGGCGGAGGGCGGCGUGUAUGUGAGUGUUGUGCCAGGGUUUGGCGGGCCCGAGGGCGGGAAGCCGCCGGGCGUGAGGACGGCGUGGUUUGUGAUGGAGAGUAGGGGAAGUGAACUUAGGGAGAUUGGGAAGUUUAUUGAACGCGGGCUGGUGAGGGGGAGUGUGGAUAGUGUGUGGAGGAUUGAGGAGUUUGAGGAGGCGUUUAAGAAGACGGCGAGUGGGCAUGCGAGGGGGAAGGUUGUGUUGGAGAUUGCGGAGGGGGAGGAGGAGUAG